CUGCGUAAUUAAUGUGUAGAGGAGGAGGCAAGGUGGCGGCCCAGGAGCUAGCGCUCGCUGAUAAUAUUAACACUGAGUGGUGUUAUCUGUGAGUGGUGUGUUAUCUGUGAGUGGUGUGUUAUCUUGUGUGCUGAUGUGAGUUUAGUGGUGGAGGAGAGACAGUGUUGACAUAGAUGGCAGCAGCACCAAAACCCUGGGACACACAUAAUGCUGUCAACCACAGACAAUAUAACUUUAACCCCGACAAUAUUAACUCAUUUGUGUCAGCAUCUCCACAUAUGGCACCUGGAGCUGGUGGUGGCGGCGGUGGUGGUGGAGGCAGUGGGCUCCCUCAGAACAACCAGCCACCUUUGCCUCCACGCCCCACCGUUACUAGACCUAGCAUGUAUUCUCGACCAACUUAUGGAGCCUAUGGGUCCUAUGGGCCGUAUGGUAACUUAGGAGGGUCUUAUUAUGGUGGUGGAUAUAAUGCCUUUGGAUCUUCAUAUGGGAACUAUGGCCGGCUUGGUGCGAUGGGGGGACCUUUGGUUGAAAAUGGAUUUCUGCAAGUGGCCGAGGAUAGUUCCCGUCAAGCCUUCCAGAGCAUAGAGAGUAUUGUCCAUGCAUUUGGCUCUGUCAGUAUGAUGCUAGAAUCAACAUAUCAUGCUGUUUACAGUUCAUUCCGUGCUGUAUUAGGAGUUGCUGAUCACUUCUCCAGAAUGAAGUCUCAUUUUGCUCAAAUAUUUUCUGCACUUGCUGUUGUUAGAACUCUACGAUGGUUGUACAGGAAACUUCUAUACCUCAUUGGUUUAAGAUCUCAAAAUCCUAGUUUAGAGGCUGCUUGGCGCACCACUGGAGGAGCGAGUGAGUCAGCUGUUUCUACAAUAACAGAGGCUGAUAUUAAAGCUGCCAAAUCUUCCUGGCCUAUAGUGAUGUUUUUAGCUGUUGUGUUUGGUGGUCCUUAUGUCAUUUGGCACCUGUUGUCAUCAAUGGCACCCCCUGCCAAAAAAACGCGAACUUGGAUUACAGGACUUGGGGAGCAUUAUAUUGCUCUUGCUCAAUAUUCUUUUGAGGCUGAAAACAGAAAUGAACUUGGCUUUAGAGCUGGACAAUCCCUGUUCUUGGCACCAAAGGACCAGCAGCCCAAUGUUCGUGGAUGGUUACUAGCAUCUAAUGGAACUACCUGUGGACUGGUACCAGCUAAUUAUAUACAGAUUUUAGGAUUACGUUCUGGGUCAUCACCUGCUGGCAGUACCCAAGCACAACAAGGUGUUCCAGCAGCAGUAAGCUCGGGCAGCAGAGUUGUAGCCUCCAGGAUUCCUAAUAUGCCAAUGCCUCAGUAUACACAACCUUCAGCGCCUGGCACAGGACGGGCUCCACUGAUGCCAAGAAUUCCGCCUCAGACCUUCGGCCAGCAACCCCAAAACACCCCUAAUAAUGAGUUACCUCAGGAGCCAACUCCAACUACUACACAAUCUUCUGAGGUGCUUUCUGUCAUGCCUGAAGAGGGAAAGAUAGACACUCCUAACCAGCAGUGCUUAUUACCUCAAGAUGAAGUACUUCAAACUCAUUUGAAAGCAUUUAAUACUGAGGGUAUUGAUGAAGUGGAUGCUAAAACAGAAAUGUAAUUCUGUUAUAAAUUCUUGAGUUUAAUGUAAGGGGCAGUAUUGAAUGUUUUUCUAUCACUGUGCUCAUGAGUACAUUUUCAUGGCACUGAAUAGUUAUUUAAUUGAAGAUCUAUAACCAGUGAAGUUUCUAUUUUCUACUUUUUAUUUGAAACCAAUUUACCUAAUGUUUUAAUGAUUAUUGAAUUUAUUACUAAAAUCCAACUUUAUAUUGCAUAUUUGGGAAUAUUCACUUCAUUUUAAUAUUUUGUAUGCUAAUACUUGUUUUUUCCUCCCAUGAAAUUUGUAUUACUAGUACUAUAUACAUUUUCUGUUAUUAUGAGAUGUGAUGCAGUCUUCUUAUUGUUUUUAAGAGAGACACAAACAAGCGCUAGGACGUGUUAUUAGAAAAUGUUAGUACCAGGAUCAAAAAGUUUUCUAAUAAAUAGGUUCUAGUGUUUACUUGUGUGUCUUUUUAAACUAAUUUGUCAGUAUCAAUUAACAAGUUUUAUACCAGUGUUUUUAUCUUAGUACACUUAUGAAAACUUGUUUCCUGAUGUCAUGUGUAUAUAUUUUUUUAAAACUCCAAAUGUCCUGAGAUGGCAAUGAUAUACAGUAAACCCUCCUCUACUGUAACCUUACAUAGGUAGAUUUUAUGUAAUAGCAAUUUGAAAGUGCAGUCAGACUUUCAUAGUGCAUGAAUAAAGCUUGUUAAUAUGCUCGAUAAUUCCAAAACUAAGUAAUGUGCAAAAUUUGGGGCCAGAAGUAGUGCCUCUCGGCUUCAAUUUGUUUUUGGUGAGCAAGCGAGCCAGUCAUCCCACUAGGUAGCAUUUUUCUUUAACUCAUGUUUUCCAAAAUUUAUUUAACUUGUGAACUCUUGUUUAUGUAAAAUACUGGUAUAAAAAGUUUGAAAGAAUUUUCAGUGCAUUAAUAUGAAGAAUCUGCAAUAAUUCAGUAUCGUACAUUUUUAUAAUUAUACUUCGAUUAAUCAUUGCCUUGCAUUUAACAGUGAUGUAGCUACUCUAGCAGUAUUUCAAUAUUUGGUGAACCUGUUCAUGAUUGAUAAUAGUGAGUUACUGUUUACAUAAGAUGUAUGGAGAUAUAUGGCAAGUCUCCUGCCAGUGCUGCUCCUGUUGUAUUAACAACAUAGUAAUAUUUUGAGGGGGCAAGGUAGAGGUGUGCCAUUUUCCUGCUGACUCUGACUUUGCAUUUAGCAAAGCAUGUGGUGUUACUUUCUCUUCUUCUAAGCAUAACAUUUCAAAUUUAUUCAUUUUGUGUUUGUGUGUUUGUUUUCUCAUGUCUGAUACAAUUUAGUAAGAAAAUGCAGCUUAUAUUUUUAAAUGUUAACAAGGUAAAGGGCCAAGCUAAUGUUGCUUCAACACACCAGCUGUCUCUCACUGAGGUUGGGUGGCCGCAGAAAAGAGGGAACACUCGUCAUCACUGUCUCAUCCUCUAGCUUCAUAAUUUUAUCACCAAACAGGAAUACAGAUAGGUAGCAGUCUACCCCUACUGGCAGGUCUUUUACAUAACCUAGGGACAGCAUCUGGAAACAUCGGACGAUGCUUUGGUCUGUCCUUGACCAUUAUGGGUCUAAACAUGCUGAAAUAUCAUCAUCUAAUGUAUCUGCUCUAAAUUGCGGGAUAGUGAGGUGUUCCAGCCAUUUUAUUAUAACAUCUAUUCUAAACAAGUGAGGCUUACAACUGAUUCUUGUGGAAGGGGCAGAGACUGCUAGCUACAUUCACUUAGCUUGGCAUUUUAUCCCUCAUUGUGAUUGUCUUGCCUUUCAGGUGUUUCUUAAUCCUUUUCAAUACUGUACUGAUAUCACCAGCUUGUGUUUUUUUUUUUUUUUCCUGCAGGUAAAAUGUAGUCUAUUCAAUCAUCUUUAUUUUUUCUUGAUCACUAUCAGCUUGUCAUAGACCUCUGAAACCUUGUUGCUCUGUGGAAAUAUUGUGUUUCAUCAGUCUCUUCCUGGUUAUAUUCUCCCUUGCUUGUCACUUUAUUCUUGUUAGAGAUACCAGUCUCUUGUAAAAGGUCUUCUGUCUCAAACCAUACCACAGGUGGUAUGGUUUGUUUGCAAUCGUGUCAUUACGAUUUCGUGAGUCUUCUGUCUCACUUUUUUAAUAUUGCAGUUACAUUUGUUAUUGUCCUGGUAUCAAGGCUUUGUUAAAGAUCUAGGGAAGAUGCAUCCUUGGGAAUUUUACUCUUCUCUCAGUAUCCAUGGCAAUAUUUUAUCACAUACUGUUUUAUUUGUCUAGCUCCUUCAAGAUUUCAUUGCCUCCUCACUUGUGUAGUUGUUCCUUUGCUUUUCUGACACUGGUUUUUGUUUCUCAGCUGUGAAGAUGUCUUGGGUGUGUGAAAAUAAUGUAAGAUAUUGUAUUGUUAGGUUAUUUGAAAGUGUAUAGUGAUCACUUCCUUGCUGCCCUUCCACCUAGUCACAAUUACAAUAUCAUUCCCACUUGACAGUUUAGAUACCAGAGUGCUCAUCCUGUUCACUUAUACUCUGCUUACCCAGGGGCUUUCCUUAUGUAUGAUUAAAUGUACCUCGUGGAAAUAAUUAAUAUUUUUAUUAUUUUUUUAUUGUUAUAUUUGUCUGAUUAACCCUUCAACUUCUUAGAUAUGAUUUACUUUUUGCAGAUUUAAUUUUCUGGAUUAUAUCUGUUAGCUUUAAUGGUUUCAUGGAUCAUGACCUCCUGAAGUGCAUGGAAAAUAUGGCAGGAAUAAGAACUAAGUACAGUAUUUAAGAACACAAAAAAGGAAAGAUAAGUGUAUACUGAAUGUAUAUUUGUAGAAGUUGUCAGAUUUAUCUGGCAUUUAACAUGAUUAUAAGAGACAAAGGAAAGGGUAACAAUCCUGCCAAAGUGGAAAACACUGAAUUAAUAAGUUUUUAUUUCAUACUUGAGUAUCUUUGACAAACAAGUAGUGUAAAUUCAUUGUUGCAGCAAUAUGAAAACUCUGAACAUAGAAAUUUAUAUAUUUUUGUUCAUUACUGUAAUGCCAACCAAAUUUAGGCUCAUCUUAAACAGGUAAGCAGAACCAAGCUAUGUUAGAUCAUGUUAAUUUUGUCUAAAUUAGGCUAGUGUGUUACAUUAGUUUUAUUACACCAUGCUGAUUUCCUCGUUUCAAGAUGUCAUAACAAUGACAGGAUGAUGGAAUGUUAUAAGAGUAAAUAAAUGAAGUGUAGGGAUUGUCCUAGGAAAGGAUGGAGGAGGUAGAAGAGGUUUUGUGUGAAAGGGGCUUGAGCAUACAGCAGGCAUGCGUAGCUUGUUAGAUAGGAGUGAAUGGAGACGAAUGGUUUUUUGGGAUUUGACGAGCUGUUGGAGUGUGAGUAGGAUAAUACUUUGUGAAGGGAUUUUGGGAAACUGGUUAGCCAGGCUUGAAUCCUGGAAAUGGGAAGUACAGUGCCUGCACUUUAAAAGAGGGGUUUGGGAUAUUUGCUGUUUGGAGUGACAUCUGAACUAGUGUAUCUAUGCACCUCUGCAAUGACUGUGAUUAUGUGUGAAUGACAACUUGCCAGUGUUGUCUGCUGGUGUGCAUAGUAUUUUUUAAAAUUCAAAGAUUUUGUGAAGAGACACUAAUGAAAUCCAACUAGCCAGUAGGAGAUUCCUUGCCAAGAAUUUUCUGUUUACCAUGCACUGGUAGAUGAAGGUUGCUGUUAAACAGUUUUGUGAUUAAAAACACAUUUUAGGGUAGGCAGGUAGGAGUGAGAUUAUAUAUGAAAUUACCCUUCAAGGAGGAAAGUUUGCUUUAUUCUGGAAAGCGUCUUGAUUCAAAGAAUGUGGGGGAGCCAACCUUCCUUUUCACGGAUCAUCGUUUAUUCCUCAGGAGCUGUAUGAUUGUUAUGGAUUUAACACUUCCAGUGAAUAUAACAAUAAAUUCAAUAAUUAGUUCUGUAUGACUAGUGUGGGUUUAUUUAAAUAUAAUACAAUAAUUACUUGCUUUAUAGGGGUUCAGUAUACAGUAUGUGAAUUUAGUUAAAUUUCCUAGGGCCCAUAUAAAUUUGCACUUCAUGAUCAGUGGGUUAUGCAAAAUGUAAUGCAUCUGCAAUAUUAACCCUUUGACUGUUGUAGGCCCCUUUCUGAAACUGUCAUUCUACGUUGAUAAUUUUUUGGGAAAAAAAAUUAUUUUUUCUUAUGAAAUGAUAGAGAAUCUUUUCCCAAUGGUAAUGACAUCAAAAGUACGAAAUUUGGUCCAAAACUCAUGGAAUUACGCUCCUACGAAGUUAGCGGUCUUGACGACAUAUACACAUCGGCGAUUUUGCCGACUUUAAGCCCUGCUUUUGGCCAAUUCCGUUGUUCCAAUUGACCAAACUCAUAGCUAUUUCUUUAGAACUCCAUUUUUUCUAUCAGUUGAGUAAAAGAAACUGCCCAUUUACCAAUUUAAACUACCCAAUAAAGUGGUCAGAAUUUGGCAAUUUGGCCAAUUUCAUGCAAAUUAAAAAAGAUGCCAAUUUCAAAAUAGGGUCCAGAAUAAACAAUGUAGACAUUCUUGGCAUUAAGAUAACAUAUCCUCUGUUCAUUAGUCACGUCUCUAGGCCCCUCUUAUAUUACUGUUACUUUCUAUUUUGGUUUUUUAUUCAUACAAAAAAUACAAAAUUUACUGUUAUGCAGACUACUGCAUUAUUGUAAAAAUGGUAUAAAUAAUAUCAGUGCAUUAAUGAAAGAAUAUUAGACUCCCCAGUUGAAGUGUAUUGGACGUGUGGAGUGAUUUGCGUACUCCUGAACAUUGGUAAAAAUCGAACAUUUCCGCUACUUUGAGCUCAAUUUCUAGGUCGUUUUCAUCGUGAAAGUAAUCAAAAUCAUCUCUAUUUCUGUAAUAUGAUUUCCAUUUUAUCACCUGAGACCAUGAAAACGAGAAUACAACAAUAAAUACUAUACGAAAAUACACCUCAGUCGGCAUUUUAAUCCAAAAAAACUGUCAUUUUUUUUUUCUAAUUACGUACUUCGUGCUGCAGGAUUUUUUUUAUGUGGUGCACACUGACCACACAGACCCAUUCUCUCACAUGUGGGCCUACCAGCUUUCUCCUGCUUGAUUUGAAGCCGCUAGAAUUUAUGCGUAUAAAUCCGUCAGAAACAGUGGCGCUUAAGAAGUACGUGUAUAUAUACAACCGAAACAGUCAAAGGGUUAAAUGAUGGACAUUUACAUGUAUAUAUACAGUGAAUAUUUAUCAGCUUAGUAACGAGUGAUGACUGUACAAUACUCAAUCUGGGACAAAAGUAUUUCUAGCAGUCAUGUGGCUUGUAGGAUUUAAUACUGCACCAGUAACUAAAAGUAAGGUUGAGCGUAUUAAGUUAUACAGUGGACCCCCGGUUUACGAUAUUAUUUCAUUCCAGAAGUAUGUUCAGGUGCCAGUACUGACCGAAUUUGUUCCCAUAAGGAAUAUUGUGAAUUAGAUUAGUCCAUUUCAGACCCCCAAACAUACACAUACAAACGCACUUACAUAAAUACACUUACAUAAUUGGUCGCAUUGGGAGGUGAUCGUAAACCGGGGGUCCACUGUAUUUUCUUAUUUCUCUUUUCUCAUAUUUUCUUUUUAUCCUCUUUUGUAACUUCUUUUUUUUUCUUUCUAGCAGGAUAAUGUAUAUAAAAUCUUUCCCCAUCAUUUUGAUGAACCAAACUGCAGCUUCAGUAUAGGUAAAUAUUUGGAAGAUUAUUAUAAAUAGUGAAAUUUAUAUUUACAUCUAGAUUUUUUUUUUUUUUUCAACAAGUCGGCCGUCUCCCACCGAGGCAGAUAUAAUGUGAAAAAAGAAUAGCACUUACCCUAAAGCAAAUGGUAACUUUAUUUUGCAGCAGAAGAAUUCAUUUUAUAAAUUUAAAAUAUUACUUGCCAAAACACAUACAGGGAAACAUGAGUGAAAGGAGUAACGCUGACUGUUGCAGUGGAUAGUUAUUAGUCAUUUUUUGUUUUCUGGGAAACGUUUAAGGAUUAUGGCAUUAUAGUUGUAUAUCUUUUAAUAUGGCUGUGAGUAUAUUUUUGUUGUUGAGGAAAAUAAGAGUAAACUCAACAGAUUAAAGUUUUGAGGGGGAGGAAAAAAACUUGUAUUUUAUGAUUGGCAAACACUAUAGUUGUGUUAAAAUUGCCUCAUAAAAUAGAUAAUUUUAAUGAAUGUAACAGUGUUCGGAAGUGUGUAGAUUAUAAGUACAUAUCUACUUAGGACCAGCUUGAGAGUCACUGGACCCCUUCCUCACAACAAAUCUGUCUAUAGAGGUCUGUUUCUGGCAUCUCUCUAAGAUUUCCCUGAAGUGGGACAGGGUUUUGACACUGAACAUGAUGCAUGAUAUAGUACUAUAUGCAUCAUUAAAGAUGCAUGAUAUAGUACUACAACAUUCUUAUGGUUGUAGAGGAAUAAAGAUAGCUUAAUACUAAAGAUCACUCUGUUACAUGAGGAGCAGUAUUACUAUCCAAUGAACUUGUAAUUUACAGAACUGAAUUCCUCGAAGGAUAAAUAUACAGUGGACCCUCGACCAACGCUGGCAUCCUCUAACGAUAAAAUCGCCUAACGAUGCGUUUCUGCGUAAAAAUAUCGGUUCGACCAACGGUGGAAAACUCGGGUAAGGACAUUCGUCCCAAACGCGUCCGCCUUCCGCCCUCCAGCCUAAGCGCCUCAGCUGCCCUGCCUUCAGCUAGUGUGCCAUUGUUUACAAGCCAGAGCGGACAGUUUCACGCAUACAUGCGAUAUAUUUUGUAUUAUUCCAUUGUUUUUAGUGCUUGUAACUACUAAAUAAGCCACCCUGGGCCCAAAGAAAGCUUCUAGUGGUAAAAAGGGUGAGAAAUACUAUCGAAAUACUAUCGUAUCACGGUCAGCUGUUGCUGCACCACCGUCAGCUGCUGUUGUACCACUGUCAGCUGCUGCACCACUGUCAGCUGCUGCUGUACCGCCAUCAGCUGCUGCUGUUGCUGCACCACCAUCAGCUGCUGCUGUACCACCAUCAACUGCUGCUGUACCACCAUCAGCUGUUGCUGCACCACGGUCAGCUGCUGCUGCACCACUGUCAGCUGUACUACUCACUCGAAGAUGUGGAGUGUGUGUUGUCGGUGUGGCUUAACAAGAAACAAUUAACCCCAGAGGGUUAGCCACCCAGGAUAACCCAAGAAAGUCGGUGCAUCAUCGAGGAUUGUCAAACUUAUUUCCAUUGGGGUCCUUAAUCUUGUCCCCCAGGAUGCGACCCACACCAGUCGACUAACACCCAGGUGAACAGGAAAAAAUGCCUGGAACUAGUGCUCAUAUUGGUUAAUUUAAGGCCAGCAAAGGUUGGUUUGAGAGAUUUAAGAAUCGUAGUGGCAUACACAGUGUGAUAAGGCAUAGGAAAGCUGAAAAAUUCCAACCCCAACAAGUGUUCAGUUGUGAUGAAACAGGCCUGUUCUGGAAGAAAAUCCAAAACAGGACCUACAUAACUCAGGAGGAAAAGGCAUUCCCAGGACACAAGCCUAUGAAAGACAGGAUAACUCUCAUGUUUUAUUGUAAUGCUAGUAGGGAUUGCAAAGCGAAGCCUUUACUCGUGUAUCACUCUGAGAAUCCCAGUGUGUUCAAGAAAAAGUGUCUCAUCACUCAUUAAUACUCUUCAUUAAAGCUAAGUGCCAUUUUAGCAUUUAUUUAUGUAGCUAUUGUGCAUGUUUCAUUGUUUUUCUUUGUAGGGAAAUGUAUCUUUCAUGAAAAAAAGAAUUACUUUUUUUCAAAUACUUUUGGCUGUCUGGAACGGAUUAAUUGGAUUUCCAUUAUUUUUUAUGGGGAAAAUUAAUUUGGCUAAGGACAAGCUCUCUGGAACAGAUUAAUAUCAUUGGUCAAGAGUCCACUGUACGUAUACCAGACUCGUCUGUUACAAUAAUUCAGGUGUUCAAGAAAGAGGAGAAAAUUAGGAAGGAGAGACUUGAAGCAUGAUGGAUACUAUGUGCAGUGCUCAUUGGCUCAGCCUAAGAGUGACCCCCACCUUUUGUCAAGUUUGGCAUUCCUACCUCUGCAGUACUCUGUUAGCUCAUCCAACUUACUCAGAACCAAGCUCGGUCGUAAGUCAGAUGGUACUUGUACAUGUAAUUUUGAUGAGUAUUAUAGGUGAACUAGACUGUCCAUUUUGGUCUAGAGUUUCGAGUAUUAUGUUGAUCAAAGAAAACUAGUUUUGCCAUGUUGAGUUCACCCUUACUAUUCAUAAUUCCUAAUAAAGUGAAAGGUACAUUAAUACACCUUUAUCUGUAAAAUAUUUGUCAAACUUAAAAGCCUUUCAUAUAUGUUGCUAGACGAUUAAUUCUUUCUGUAGCCACACAUGUGCUCUAGCUGAUCUUUACUAGUGUAUGAUAAUGAGGUAUAUUGUUAAUCUACUUAACCCACCAGGUGUACAGUAUAAUACUAAAGAGAUCUGCUAUGCACUUCUUUUUAAUGGUAUUUUCACAAGGGUCCUAUCCUAAUCUGGUAACAAACAGGUUCCAAGACUGCACUGUUUGUUUUCAUUACUAGUCAUGCUCCAGUUUAGGUGUACAAAAAAGUUACAUUUUAUGUAAAGAAUAUAUAAAUAUUUAUAUAACUUAAACAUUCUUUUAGUUUUCCACUAUAGCAUAAAAAAGUAAAAUGUACUACAAUAAAGAAUUAAAAUUUA